UAAGUGUAGAGUUCAUUUGUUUUCCUCAAAUGUCAGUUCACACACGGUUUAUAAAAUCAAUAAAAUUCUAACCUCAGCGCAAGCGCUCCGAUUUUUCGCCCGUUUUCCUUAUUUCGCCUAACAAAAAAAUUACAUAUUUCGAUAAAACAUGAAUCUCAGCAGAACCGUCACCAUUUUCAAGCAAAUUCGGAGGUUUGCGCACACCAUGAACUCAUCAAAAUUGAUCUAUCGUGAGUAUGGUGACCCCCUGAGCGUCGUAGAGAAGAUAGAUGCCACAAUUCCACUGGUGCAAGCGAAUCAGCUGCUUGUGAAAAUGCUGGCAGCACCAGUCAAUCCUGCGGACAUCAACACCAUACAAGGCAAGUACCCUUCUAAGCCGACCUUGCCUGCUAUCCCCGGGAAUGAAGGCGUAGGUGAAGUGGUGCAGAUCGGUACACAAGUAACCAAUUUCUCGAUCGGCGAUCGUGUCGUGCCAAUGACAACUAUGGUAGGCACUUGGCAGUCGCAUACGAUCUUAGAGGCCGUAGAGGCGUUCAAAGUUCCCGCCGACUUGGGGCUGGUAGAGGCGAGCACCCUCACUGUAAAUCCCUGCACGGCCUAUCGCAUGCUCGUAGAUUUUGGAGGCCUCACCAGAGGCGAUGUUGUUAUACAAAACGGCGGUAACUCUGCAUGCGGUCAAAAUGUAAUCCAACUGUGUAAAAUCUGGGGCUACCAAAACAUAAGCAUCAUUCGCGAUCGACCAAAAGUAUCCGAAUUGAAGAAAUUCUUACUCAAAUUAGGCGCCUCGCAUGUUAUGACAGAAGAAGAGCUACGCACAACUCAAAUAUUCAAAAACCGUGAGGUACCACGGCCGAAAUUAGCUCUGAACUGCGUAGGGGGCAAAAGCGCAACAGAAUUGAUGCGGACACUAGAACAUAGCGGUACGAUCGUGACCUACGGGGGUAUGUCCAGGGAACCUGUAACUGUUGGAACAGCAAUGCUCAUAUUCAAAAAUCUACAAGUGAGAGGAUUCUGGAUGACCGAUUGGUCAAAGAAACACGCAAAAUCCCCUGAAAGACGUCAAAUGCUCGAAGAACUCGUUGAAUUUAUGCGUAGCAAGAAACUGAAGGGCCCCGUUGCGAAAAUGGUACACUUUGACAACUACAAAGAAGCUCUGACGAAUACUCUGUCAGAUCGAGGAAUGACUGGUCUGAAGUACAUCAUAAACUUUAGCAAGUAAUGACUGAAUAUAUCAUGUAGACAUAAAAUUUUUAAGUUUUUGAAAUAAAUUCAUAUUUUUGUCA